GUCAGAAAACUGCUUAGAGUCGGAACCAAAAAAGUUUAGAACUCUCUCUCUCUCUUCUACCUCCUGGAGGUUUAUACUAGGGGUUUUAGGGUUCUGCACCGACAAUUCUGUUUGAUUUUGAUUUUCUUCAGAAACAAACUGCAGCAGCAAUCCUAUACCAACGGAGAAAAAUGAAAGUCAAGUGCAUAUCUCGUGCUGAAGAGGAUUUUACUCGCGAACGCAGUCAAGAUCUUCAGCGAGUUUUCCAUAACUUCAAUCCGAUUUUGCGACCACUAGAAAGAGCUGUUGAAUAUCAACGGGCUGUAAAUGCUGUCAAAUUGGACAAGAUAUUUGCCAGACCUUUCAUUGGAGCUAUGGAUGGGCAUAUCGACGCUGUCUCAUGUAUGGCAAAGAACCCUAAUCACCUAAAAGGAAUUUUUUCGGGCUCCAUGGAUGGAGAUAUUCGCCUUUGGGAUAUUGCCACCAGACGGACAAUUUGCCGGUUCCCUGGACAUCAGGGUGCUGUCCGGGGUUUGUCAGCUUCUACUGAUGGACGUGUUCUUGUUUCUUGUGGAACUGAUUGCACGGUGAGGCUUUGGAAUGUUCCAGACUCAAGUGUUAUUAAUAUGGAUGAAUCAUCCGAUGGUACUACUGAGCCGCUGGCCAUUUAUGUAUGGAAGAAUGCUUUCUGGGCGGUUGAUCACCAGUGGGAUGGUGAUCAAUUUGCAACAGCUGGUGCUCAAGUUGAUAUAUGGGAUCACAAUAGGUCAGAGCCAAUAAGGAGUUUCGAGUGGGGGAAGGAUACUGUUAUAUCUCUUCGAUUUAAUCCUGGUGAACCAAAUAUUUUAGCCACAUCUAGCAGUGAUCGCAGCAUUACCUUAUAUGACUUGCGGUUGUCAACUCCAGUGAGGAAGCUGAUCAUGAAGACAAAGACUAAUGCUCUCUGCUGGAACCCAAUGGAGCCGAUGAACUUCACAGCUGCAAAUGAGGAUUGCAAUUGCUACAGUUAUGAUGCUAGAAAACUGGAGGAGGCCAAGAAUGUGCACAAGGAUCAUGUUUCCGCAGUGAUGGACAUUGAUUACUCACCUACUGGUCGGGAGUUUGUUACCGGCUCUUAUGAUAGAACUAUAAGAAUCUUCCCAUAUAAUGGUGGCCAUAGCCGGGAAAUCUACCACACUAAGAGGAUGCAAAGGGUAUUUUGUGUGAAAUUCACCUGCGACGCCACUUAUGUCGUUUCUGGGAGUGAUGAUACUAAUCUGCGGGUAUGGAAAGCUAAAGCAUCAGAACAAUUGGGAGUGAUCGUUCCUAGGGAGCGUAAAAAGCACGAAUAUAAUGAGGCUCUGAAGAAAAGAUACGGAAACCUUCCUGAGAUUAAGCGCAUCAAUAGGCAUAGACACUUGCCUAAAGCAAUAUACAAGGCGCGCAGUCUAAGGCUCACAAUAACUAAUGCAGCUAAGAAGAAAGAUGAUAGGAGAAGAGAUCACAGUGCCCCAGGAAGUAUGCCAAUACAGUCACAGCGCAAAAAGAGAAUCAUCAAAGAAGUUGAGUAAUUCUCAUAAUCUAUCACAAUCAAAGAAGAUUAUAAGUGUUAACACUUCCUCCCUUGCACUAAUUUUGGUAGAUUAUAUUAAUGUAUUGCUCGCAUUCUCUUUUGUAAUCAUAAACCCACUUGCAGCACUUAUGAUAUUCUUGUAACUUACUGUAACUUUUGUACCUGAUUGCGAAAAGUUUAUUUAAGUUAAAGAAAAGCUUGAUGUA